AUGGCCGUCGCACCAAGCUCGCCGACGCAGCGCCUCCGCGCCUGUAUGCCGCCGGCGGCAGCCUCCGCCACGCAUGUCGCGCUGCGCGCUAGCAACGAGCCGCACAAGGCAGCAGCGACCACCGCGACGACGGUGGCCGUACCCGUACCCACUGCUGUUGUGGCGCCUGCGGAGAGGCGUUCCGACGCCCAGGUCGCGGCGCCGUCGUUGGCGUGCACGUGGGAGGACGUGCAUGGCGCCGACGACUGGCGAGGGCUGGUGGAGCCGCUCCACCCGCUCCUCCUCGCCGAGGUCGUCCGGUACGGAGAGCUCGUCGGCGCGUGCUACCGCGCCCUGGACCUCGACCCAAGGUCAAAGCGGUACCUCAACUGCAAGCACGGGAAGAAGCAGAUUCUGCAGGCGGUCGGCAUGGCCGACGCCGGGUACCAAGUGACCAAGUACAUCUACUCGGCCCCUGAGGUGACCCUGCCAAUGGGGAUCUGCCGUCCCUGCAGCAAAAGCCGGUGGAUCGGCUACGUGGCCGUCGCGUCAGAUAAAGAGGCGGGGCGGCUCGGCCGGCGGGACAUCCUAGUCUCCUUCCGCGGCACCGUGACCUGCUCGGAGUGGCUGGCCAACUUCAUGAGCGCGCUCGCUCCGGCGCGGUUUGAUCCGGCCGACCCACGCCCGGACGUGAGGGUCGAGUCGGGGUUCCUCUCCCUCUACACCUCCGACAACGACACCGCCAAAUUCACCGCCGGGAGCUGCCGCAACCAGCUGCUCUCCGAGAUUUCCCGUCUCAUCGCGGAGCACAAGCACGAGGACAUGAGCAUAACCCUCGCGGGCCACAGCAUGGGGAGCUCCCUCGCGCUCCUACUCGGCUAUGACCUCGCCGAGCUCGGCAUGAACCGUGGCGUCCACGGCGGUGCAAUCCCCAUCACGGUGUUCUCCUUCGGGGGACCGCGCGUUGGCAACCUUGAGUUCAAGAACCGGUGCGACGAGCUUGGCGUCAAGGUACUCCGGGUUGCCAACGCGAACGACCCGGUCACCAAGAUGCCCGGUGUCAUCUUCAACGAGACCGUUAGGGUUCUGGGAGGGCGGUAUGAGAUGCCGUGGAGCAAGGCUUGCUAUGCGCACGUCGGCGUUGAGGUCGCCCUCGACUUCUUCAAGGCCGGGGACAUCGCCUGUGUACACGAUCUGGAGGUAUAUAUCGAUCAGCUCCUAAAGAUCCCUAAGGACGAGGUCGCCACAGCUUCCUCGGCGAAUAGGGUUCAGUCUAUGUUUGAGUGCUGGAGAUGGCAAAUGGCGAUGAUUCGUGCCGGAGAGUGGCUGCGCGCGCUAGGAAUUUGA